AGUAUCACAAUUGCAUUACCAGUUGCCAUGCAAAAGCUUUUUCCAGCACCGCUCGUGAUCCUAUUUGCCUCUCUCUUUGCAUCAGACAAAGGAGUAAAUGACCAGGAUUUCGCUUUGGUAAGGUCUGGUUAGAGAAAUUGGGUCCAUUUUGUGUGUGAAUAUAUAUUUAGAUAAUCGUCCAUGGUAGCCCGUGCCUAUCAAAGCUAUUCUAGACGAGCUACUAACAAAGUAAGGGUUAAUCUGUGUUACCUUAAGUGUUAGUCUUAGGAGAUGGUGCUGCAUUGGUGCAGAAUUAAAACAACAGGGUUAAUAUUGUCCAUCUUGCAGGAGUUGUUGAUUUUUGUUUGAAUUUUUUUUUUUUUUUUCGUUUUUUUCUUGCGGAAAUUCCUCCAACAAUGUAAUUACAUGUCAACAACCCGAUCCGGUGAUCAUAACACAAAGACAGCAAUCAAAAAGUUCCAGGAAUUCUUUGGUCUGCCAGUGACCGGUGAACUGGACGACGAAACCUUGAGCGAGAUGAAGAAGCCCCGCUGCGGAGUCCCGGAUAUUCAUGAUAAUAUGAGAAGAGUGAAGCUAAUAAACCAUGGAGGUAGUCUACCUAAGUAUUUUCUCUACAGAGGACAGGAUACGAAGGUCUUUAAGUACUGUAGCGAUGUAGCACUGAAGCUUCAGUUUACUAAGACGAAGUCCACGCGCGAUGCUGACUUAAAAUUUAGGUGUGUCAAGGGGAGAUUCGAGACUGAAAAAAAUAUGCAAUAUCAGAUAUCAUAUUGCAUAAAAAGUAUUAGGUUUUAUUCAGUGUUGAACUGGUUAAGUGUAUCUACUGGUGAGCAGGGAAGGUCGGUCAUGCUUCUCCCCUUGGUGUUUUUGUGGUUGCUAUUUGUAGGUGGCACAGUAGGUGAGGUUGACGACAACGAGGACGAAACAGAAUUUGCCUUGCAUUAUUUACAACACUACCACUACCUUUCAUCUGACAACUCUAGUAACCACAACACCACAGAAGCAAUUGAGACCUUUCAGAAGUUUUUUGGCUUGUCCGUUACCGGGGAGCUGGACGCGGAUACAUUGUACGUAAUGAAGAAGCCACGCUGUGGUGACCAGGAUGUGGAUGGCGAUGGAAUGCGCGUGAGAAGAUACGCAACAUUUAGCAAAUGGAGUAAAACAAAUUUAACUUAUUAUUUGUCUUAUGGCGAUGAUAUGACAAAGGCAGAUCAGGACAGAAUCAUAGCCAGAGCGUUUAAAUACUGGAGUGAUGCGGAACCAACGUUAAAGUUUAACAGAACUUACAACUACAAUAAAACCGACAUUAGAGUCAGUUUUGGAAAAAGGAGGCACCGUGGCGUUCCAGGUGAAAAGCCGUGUCCUUAUCCCUUUGAUGGACCCGGUGGAGUAGUAGCGCAUGCCUAUUUUCCAUCUGCAGGAAAACUCCAUUUCGACGAUGACGAACAAUUCACUGAAUUUGGUAAGAAAGUCACAGGCUGGUGGUGGAAUCGCCGACAGUCAACUGGACUGCUUUACACAGCUGUUCAUGAGAUUGGUCAUGUCUUAGGUCUAAAGCACUCCGACGUUCAGGAAGCUGUCAUGUGGCCUUUAGCCAAGAGUGGCACGCCAGUACUACACCAGGAUGACAUUGACGGGAUUCGCUCAUUAUAUGGGUCUUCGCCGACUGCAGAUUAAAAUUGUACAAGAUUCAAGAAAAUUCUUCAUUCCUAAAGAAUUACGAAAGUUACUCCACCUAAUGAAAAUAAUAAACUGAAAAAAUAUUAUAUUUUUUCUAACGAUUUAAAUGUACUAUAACUUGAAUUAUUUUGUUUGUUUGUUUGUUUUUGCGUUAUAUUGCAGUUUUGAAAUGUACACGAAUAUGCACAUAAACAUGAAAGUUAGAGAUCUUUCUUCAGGAGGGGAAAAACCUAAGAAAACUAAAUACGGGCUACUUUGAGUUCUACUGUUCUUGUCGUAUCUUUCAAAUAUUCAGCGUGAAAAGCCCACAUAUGGAUUUUAGAACUUUAAGUUUAAACCUUUUAAACCUUAAUUGCUUGUUUUGAUAAGGCGCAAAAAGCAAAAUUUUCGAGUUACUUUUGCCUCUAUUUCAAAACUACCUUUUUGUGCAAAACCUUUCAAAUGAAAUUGAGCUUGAUUUGCAUGAAAAUGAACCUGUGGGGGAAACUCAUUGUACUAUAAAUGGUUUCGCAACAAGACUCAGAGGCAAAAGGCAACUCGUAAAUGGCCUAUUUGGAGCAAUGAAUCAGACACCAGGAAUAAUGACACGUUUAUAAAAUUAACCAUCGGGCUUACAUAGAGGGAGAGAGAGUGGAAGCAACUCCCCAGAGACCCUUGCUGAAUUUUCAAUUUGCUGUGAGAUGUUAAAAAUUUCGAUAGCUGUUUCUUCAACCUUUUGAGAAGUGUUAAGUGCAGUCCACCGUUUCUCUGUGUUAUUUGACAUAAUUAUAGUAGCAACAUUUUGUUUUUCUGGGUAGAUUAUUCAGUCUUAUUGAGCAGCAUUGCAGUAACAGUAGUGAAAUAUUAUCUUAUUGAGUUGCAUGCGUUUGUUAUAUAUUAUGGUCUAAUUUUCCAUCAAGUUAGGUAAUGUUUUGUAUACCUUGUACCAUUUGCUUCUACGUCAGAGAGUUGUUAAUGCCAUAAUAAAGACUCUUUUCUUCACUGGAAUAUAAUAAUCGCCGGCGAUAACUAGUCAGCGGCAAACAACAAUUUAUUAGUACCUUCCAAUAUUUCCUGGGAUUUAUGUGUACAGCGGCCACUCACGGGGAAAUGGGAGGUGGCCGCUUAAUAGGGGAUGGCCGGAUAAUAAGGGCUCGUCAGAAAUUAGCACUAGAGGAGCCCAAGUACAAACUUCAAUUUAUUCAAGUAGAAGCAUGCUUUAUGGCAUCAUGGAAUCACGUAAAGAGAACAAUAAACGUGUGUUUGAA